UUGCUGGGCGUGUUCUUGGCACACGGCGCUGCCUGUUUGUGUAUGAGGUGUGUGUGUGUGUGUGUGUGUGUGUGUGCGCGCGCGCGCCCUCCGCCCCUUUUCGUCCCAAGUCUUUCUUCCACGUGUAGCAGGUUUUGUAACCGCAAGAAAGACCGGAAGGUGCCGAGAAAAUGGCUGGUGAUUUGAUGUGGCUUGCUGCAGUCUCCCUUCUUUCCGCCUGCCAGCAAAGUCAUUUUGCUUGGCUUGUGGGAAGGUCAAGACUAAAGCACAAGAUCAUGCCUCCAGCUGUCUCUGGGUCACUUGAAUUUGAGAGGACAUUCCGUGCUCAGCAGAACUGUGCGGAGUUUUACCCUAUCUUCCUAGUGACCUUGUGGAUUGCUGGAUGGUUUUUCAAUCAAGUAGCUGCAGUUCUUGGUCUGAUAUAUAUGUUUGCACGUCACAAAUACUUCCAUGGCUAUGCAGAAUCUGCGAAAGGAAGAUUACCAGGUUUUUAUUUGAAUUUGGUGGUUGUGAUGGUCCUGAUUGCCUUGGGCACAACAGGGAUUGUGAAUAGCUUUCUGGAUGAGUAUUUGGACUUCAAUAUAGGAAACAAACUACGUAAACUGAUUUAAAGAUUCUUCAUGUGCAUAAAUCAGGCAGAUGCUGCUCCUGGAUAUCAAGAAAGAAGAUAAGCCAUAGGGGUUAAAUUGCAAACAGUCUGAUUUCUUCACUAGCAUUCCUUUGCAAUGCAAAAUGUAUCACUUUCAUGAAAUUUUGUUUAUUUUCAUGCAUGCCGAAACAUUCUGUCGGAUUGAAAAAGACACUAUGUAAAAUGCAUUUAUAUUUUGAGACUUCUGUUUAAUACUGCACAGCAGCAUCAACUUUUAACUAUGUAGAAAUCAAUAAGCCAAAAUAUAAACAGUUGUGCUGCUCACACAACUCCGAUCAAA